GUUCGCUUGCAUUAGCGGACAGCUUGACAGGGGUCACGUCCGCUCCCAUAUGAGGGACUAACAAUGCAUACCAAGACUAUGCUGGAAGGCUUCUUGAACAACAGGCCGCCCCUUUUAAGCACCUGGAAACAUACGAGGGGUCCGUAAGUACGCACUUCACACCUGCUAGCCCUCACUAUUCUAGUAGCCUUAGCACUGAGGCUGCUCAACCCACAAGAUGUCCCUCGUGAAGAUUCCUUUCCUCGUCGCUGGCGCAGUCAGCGGUUAUGUGGUCAUGACAGCGCCGAAUCCGAAGGUCCCUGUUAAACAGAGGGCUGAGGUCAACGCGUUUGAGCGUUUUUUUUCUGAGACAGUGAGACUCUACACGCUUGGCUUCAAGGCCUUGAUCUUGUCCGGUAGCAUCCUGGAGGUGCUCGUCAUUGGUGCUAGCCACUUCCCCUCACACCCUCUGUCUCAGAGGAUCCUCGACACACUCAUUGUGGGCCCCCACUCCCUCGCCCGCCACAUCACCAUCAGUCCACUAUUCGUCGCAGGUGCCGCCAUUGGUUACUUCGGCGCAUAUUUCCGCUGGCAGUGCUAUCACACGCUGGGCCGCCUAUUCACCUUCGAGGUUUCCAUCAGAGAGGGUCACAAGCUCAUCACGGAAGGGCCAUACCAGUACACUCGUCAUCCCAGCUACACUGGAGUCAUUCUCAGCGCGACCGGCCUUGGGCUUAUGUACGUUGCGUCGGGGUCGUGGAUUCACGAGUGCGGUAUCCUGAGGACGCGGGGAGGGAAGAUUGCGGCGUGGACAUACGUCGCGGCGUCGUUGUACGGGUCGGCGAGCGUGUGUAAGCGAGCAUCUCUGGAGGAUGCGUUGUUGAAGAAGCAGUUCGGCGAGGAGUGGGAGGCGUAUGCGAAGCGGGUGCCGUGCCGUAUCGUUCCCUACAUUUACUAAUCGGCCGUUAAGUAUUCUGCUAGUCAGUAGUUGUAACGUGCCGUUACAGGAAUGUGUCAUUUGUAUCACCUAUUCAAAUUCACUCGCCGCGGAUUCACGACCACGGUCAAU